GGUUUGUGGGUUUGGUCAAAUACUGAAUGAAAAAAAAAAUAUGUACAUCUCGAGUUACAUAUUUAUGUAUUUUUGUGUGUAGCUUUUGUUUGGAUAGACACGCAUUAUUGACAUUACAUGGUGUCUUCAGUCCUACUUAAUAAACAAAACAAAACGACGUUGUUUUCUACAGUCGCCAUUUCUUCGGUCGUGUUGUGUGUGCAGGAGCUGUCAUAGAUCACCCGGUUGAUUCUUCAUCUUCGAGAGGUCGCUGGUCUCAUGCCGAGUCCCUCAUCCUCAACUUAAUUGGAACUGGUCCCACAAUAUGUCGGACAACAAUGGCUCUUUUGAGGGUGCGCACAUGGAUGGUUUUGGUUCCAGUGCAUUUGCUUUGAGUUCAUAUUGCAACCCCAGUGAAAAUGGUGCAGGGACAGCAAACCUAAAUCAUGGCAUGAAUUCUGGCUUAAGCAUACAGGGCACCCAGAAUCUGGACUUGGUCUCUGCUGGAGCGUCCCAUAGCAUGGCACCAUCCUUGGAUGUAACAAGAGGCCCGAAUUCGAAUUCCUUGCAGAGCGGAUACUUGGACAAAGCCACAAACGUUUUUGCCAGUCUUGGUCUCCCUCGCGAAGACUUGGAUGCACUAGCGUGCAUGUCUGAGGAUCAGCUUAGUGUGGAGAACCUGCAGCAGAGUAUCCUGCAGCUCAAGGCACAGAGAGCGGAAGGAAGCAGUGUGUCUAACCACCCCAGAGACUUCCGCUCCCCCCCACGAGAACAACCUUACAGAGCCGACAGGGAGGUGAAGCGCAGGAGGACGGAUGCUUUUGCUUAUAGUUCUGGGAGAAUGGGAGGCAGCACUGACUUUCUACACACUGCAGGGUAUCGUACUUACUAUCCCUCAGAAUACGACUGGGAUGGUCCCGCUCCUAGACCUGAAAGGUACUUCUCGGAUGUGCAGUCCUGGAAUUGGCAGCAUAGAUCACCUUAUUCAAAGAGUCGCCCUACCGAUUUUGACCGCAGGCCAGUCCGUCCGGGAUGGGACACCAGCUAUCCCGCACCUGGAUACGUGGCGCCUCCUCCACUGCUUCCAAUUGAUAUCUCAAGGAGAAGAAUGCGUCCUGAUAGGAGAGUGGGAAACGUUUCAGUUUCUGGCGGAAUGAAAUCAAGAAGAGGCGAGAGAAGUCAUCCCUUGAAAGAAAAGCAACAUAGAGUAAUUCAUCUGGUGAACCUGCCAUCUGAAAAUUACACAAAUGAAGACCUGUUUGACUUGGCAAAAUCUUUUGGGCCUGUGCAGUGCUACAAAAUACUCAGAAGCAAUAAAGAGGCUUUUUUGGAAAUGAAGCAUCCUGAAGCUGCAGAGAAGAUGGUGCGGUACUAUAGGACCCAUGCUGCCAAAGUCAACGGAGACCGGAUCGGUGUGUCCAUAUUCCUGAAGCACAAGAAGCUUGCACAUUGGAUGCGGGAAGAAGUCAAGUCACCCAGCACUUCAGGUGAAGCUCCAGGGAGUGGGAGCAGGACUGGACGCUCAGUAUCUGGGGACAGGGAGUCCUCUAGAACACGAAGGACGUCCAGAUAUGACCGGACAAGAAGGGAGGAGUCAAAAGAGAAAUCCCUGGAGAGACAAGAGAGGAGGGAGAGUCGGCAAAGGGAGGAAUCCUCAGAUAAAUCCAUGGACAGUUCACAAAGUGAAGGGGAGGAGCAAGACAACACAGCCUUGCGGCUGGCACAAGGGGAGGGGCCAGCAGAUAAAUCCAUGGACAGUUCAGACACAGAAGGGGAGGAGCAAGAGAGGAGUGGCAGAAAACUGGGGCAAGGGGAGGGGCCAUUCAAUAAAUCCCUGGAAAGUUUACAAACCCAAGAGGUAGCGCUAGAGAAUAAAGGCAGCCAGUCGACACAAGGGGAGGAGCCUGUAGAUAAACCCCUGGAGAGUUCAGAGACCCCCUCAGAGGGGCAAGACAAGAGUUGCAGCCAGUCUGCACAAAAGGAGGAGUCAUCAGCUGGGCCUGAAGGGGAGAAGGAGAAAGCGAAGGCUGCAGGGCAGGGGAAGGACCAAUGCCUCGAUAGAUCAAAGAUCCGAAAGCCAUGGCCGUCGCAGAAAGGCAGAUUUUCUACAGGGCCUGGUGUCGAGGUAGAAGGAAGCAGCAAAGUGGUGGACAUACGCUUCAGGAAAUGGUCGUGCUCCGUGGAGGAUUUGCUGGAGAUGGCUGAGCCUUUCGGCACUGUGGUCGCCUACCUGGUUUACCAGUCCUCUGGCUUCCUGGAAAUGCUUACAUAUGAACAAGCAAGGGUUAUGGUGCGGUACUACCAGGCUACAAAUGAUCCUGCCCGUGAAUUGAGGAUUUGUUUGUCAGAUAAAAUGACCUCUGUAAAGAGACCACUCUUUGAACCUGUUACCUCAGUGCUGUGUUUCAGUAAUAUUUCUAGAAAAACCUCCAGGGUAGAUUUGCAGGAAUUGGCCGAGCGCUUUGGGGCUGUGCUGAAAAUCACCAUCGCAAAUAAAAUUAAAAAGGCUUUUGUGGAAAUGGUAGACCGGGCUGAGGCAGAGAUCAUGGUGACAUUCUAUAAAAAACGCCCCUUGAAGAUUCACUUUAAAAAGAUCGAAGUGAGCCUCUUAAAGAAUUACACCUUUGGAUGCAAUGGCGAAAAUGCUGACACAGAAAAUGCUACACAGGUGCAGACUGUACCGCCAGAGUCUGAGAAGACUGUACCGCCAGAGUCUGAGAAGACUGUACCGCCAGAGUCUGAGAAGACUGUACCGCCAGAGUCUGAGAAGACUGUACCGCCAGAGUCUGAGAAGACUGUACCGCCAGAGUCUGAGAAGACUGAAACUGUCCAUAAUGGAGGGGCAGGAGACUCAACUGAUAGGCCACAGGCUGGUAACAACAAGACCACAAACACUCUGGGACCAUACACUCCCGACAACCCUGUUGGCUUGGAGUAUAUGGUCCCGAGGACGGGUUACUUCUGCAAACUGUGCAGCGUGUUCUCCAGCAGUGAAAACGAGAAGACUGCCCACUGCAGCAGCCUGGAACAUUAUGAGAAAGUAAAGACCUCGAUCGCAGAACUGGACCAACAGCUAACAGUGGAGUCAAUGCAGGUGUCUGAAACGGAAUAGAAUGAACACUGUUGGAGGUCUGUGAAUCGAAAGAACCACAGAAAAGACUGUCAAAGUUCUGCAUUUCUGGCUGUUCACCUGAGCUCUGUUUAAAUCAUUGUAUAUAUAUUUACCUUGGGAUUAUUUUGUAAAAUGAUAAGCAAAUGGUUAACCAUUGAUAGAUAAUGCCAUUUGUUUUGCAAUAACCUUCCCUGAAGUUGUUCUUCCCUCACAACCCAGAAGUGAUGCUUGAGACCACAGCCUGGUGUUUAAAAUUCUGUUGUGUCCUUCAUAUGAGUGUGAUCUAGACAAAUAAACCUUCACUGUACAUUCAAUAAAAUCAGUAUUUUCACACUGA